CUUUCCCGCCAAACGCAAACCAGAAAUCGCUCCCUUUUCCGAGUCUCAACUCAAUUUCACUGGGUUGAGUUUAGCAGUUUUAUAAAUUUUCAUAUAUUGAAAUUCAGAGUUUUAAAGAAAAAAGAGGCGAUGGAGCUGAGCCUAAGCGACAACGCUCUCAAAACCUUUAGCCGUUCGAUCGCUUGCCUAGCACGUGUAGGCAACGAGCUCGUCUUCCAAGCUUCUCCUUCGCAGCUUGCACUUCAUACUCUUAAUUCUUCAAGGUCGGCCUACCAAUCUGUUACGUUUAAGCCAAACUUCUUUGAUGUAUAUAGAAUUUCCGGUAGUCAAGUGCAGUGUAGUGUGCUUUUGAAGGCUGUUUGUUCUGUUUUUAGGACACCUAUUGCAAGUAUUGGUAACUUGACUGUGAAAUUGGCCGAUCCUGAUGCGGCAAAAAUACAGUGGGCUUUGGAAUGCUAUAGUGGUAUGAAAAAAUCUUAUUGGAUUACCUGCAAUGUUGAACCUGACAUACAACACUUGUCUCUUGAUAGGAGAAGAUUUCCAAGUAACUUGGUAGUUAGGCCUCGUGACCUAAAUAGAUUGCUAGCUAAUUUUCAAUCAUCACUUCAGGAAAUUACCAUCAUUGCAACAGAGCCAACAUCCUUACCUUCUGAUGCUGCAAGUGAAAUAGGUGGAAAAGCUGUUGAGCUUAGAAGUUAUAUAGAUCCAACAAAAGAGAAUGAUUCCUCAUUGUACACUCAACUCUGGAUAGAUCCUUCAGAAGAGUUUGUGCAGUAUACUCACACCGGAGAUCCUGUAGAUGUUACCUUUAGUAUGAAGGAAUUAAAGGCAUUCCUUACUUUUUGUGAAGGCUGUGAGGUUGACAUACACUUGUUUCUUGACAAAGCUGGCGAGCCAAUUUUAUUGGCGCCAAAGUUUGGCCUAGAUGAUGGCUCUGUCUCAAACUUUGAUGCUGCACUUGUACUUGCAACCAUGCUUACAUCACAGCUACAUGAAGGCAAUCCCUCUGAACCUGUACAAGCAGCUACAAAUGUACAUAACCAGGCAGGGACUGAAGCACAAGAGACAUUUAAGGCAAAUGUUUCUGAACAUCCAUCUGACCACACCAGAAUAUGGUCUGACCUCUCAGGAAGUGCAGCAAGGAGCGGUAAUGGGGUUGAAGAAAGGCCGGUUAAAAGACAGCAGAACUUAAAUGAUCGUGAUGAGAGGGAUAUUCAAAGGAUUAGCAUGAUGCAGAUUACAAAAGAUGCACCGAUUAGAGAAAAUGUUCCUGCUGCUCCUAGUUUUACCCACCGCCAAGUAGAAAAGGACCAUGAGGCUAGAGCACAAGAUAGGAGUCAGAUUAAUGUGCAUGGGUUAUCACAACGUCAUCCAAGUAAUUGGGUAGAUGCAAAUGAGGAGGAUGGAGAUGAUGACAAUGAACUAUGUGUUCAGUCGACACCGCCAUAUUACGAAGAACAGUAACAAACAAUUAAUGAAAUCUCUCUCUCUCUUAUUGCUAGGUGUUGCUUGUUCGAUUUCUCCAAUGUAAGUGGAGUGAAAUCAAUCACGAUUCCUUUGGUUUGUUAGUCUUCAUGGUAGGAAUAAGUGUGUCAAGAUCAAGAGCUGGAGAAUACAAUUUUUAACCGAGUAUGAAAAUUUGUCUCGUCUUUUACCUGUUUGGUUUUAUCUGUUUAAGAUUAAAAUACUGUUUCUGGUGUCUUAGUGACGAAUUCUUGAUUCACUAAUAAUGGUGCUUUUAUAGAAUAGA